AUGUGGGCGGUCGCACAGCUGAUGGCGAGGACCCGGACCUGUGUCCUGUGCCGGGUGAGCCGAUCGUUAUCGGGGAGGACGGAGGGGGAGCAGAGGAUCACACAGGUGCUGAAGGACAGAUUCCCUCAGGCCUCUCACCUUCGUGUUGUGGAUAUCUCAGGAGGCUGCGGGUCGAUGUAUGAGAUCCAUGUGGAGUCUGAAGAGUUCCGAGAGAAGCGAACCGUCCAGCAACAUCAGAUGGUGAACGAGGCCCUACAGGAGGAGAUAAAGUCGAUGCACGGCCUGAGGAUCUUCACCUCUGUCCCCAGCCAAUGA